CAACUAAAAUUUUAUGGAAAUCUGCUUCAAAAGCCCAAAUACGAGACCCAAUUAUUGAAGCGUCCGGCGUGCAUCCCUCCACGGCUUCACUCGUCGAUUCUAGAACUUGGAACUCUGGGGCCAUCGUCGUCCUCACCGUGUAGAAGGGUUUACGGCAUCCAAUAGAGUUUUCAGAGUGGCCGCCCGCGCCGAAUCAGGCAUGACGAAGAAUCGUGCUAUCUUACAGGGUGGGAGUGGUGACGGAAGCACGGAGAAGAGAAUAGAUUGCUCGCAUUCGAUGAAGAACAAGAAGAUGAAGAAAAAUCUUCGGAGGUUAGGAGGAAAAGGCCUCUCCUUAGAAGCUUUCGUCAAUGCCAAAACAAAAAGCGGAAACUACAACCCUUCACUUAUAAAGAAGCAAAAGGAGUUUUAUAAGAAUGCUAAAUUUGUGAAGAAAUAUAAGAGACUGGUGAAAGCACAUGAUGAGCCCAGCGAGCCUUCUGUUUCUAAAAGAAUAUCAGAGGAACUGAACGAAACUGUAGAAGCUGAUAUUCCGGAUCAAAAGAAUGAUAAAAGCAAAAGAAAUAAGCCCCGCAGUAUAAAAGAACUGUAUGAGAAAAGGCACGAAGAGGAAGAAAAGAAGAGGAUAGAAAGAGAGGCCAUUAUUCAGGCUAAGAAGGAAGAAAGAGAGAGGGCUGAAGUGCGGCGGAAACAAGAAAGACAGAAAAUGUUCAAGAAAACCAAGUCAGGUCAACCUGUCAUGAAAUACCGAAUAGAGCAUCUUUUGCAGACACUUCAAGGUUCAAGUGGUUAGAGGACUCGAGAGUUGCCAUGUUUC